CUUCCUGGAGCAGUAGCCUCAGCUCUGCAAGAGCCCAGAGCCCGGGUGGCCCAGCCUGGAGGCUCCAGUGGCGUCCGCUGGAGGGGCCCUGGGGUCACUGCAUUUCCUGCCAGGGGUGACUUAGCAGCGAGAGAUUCAACUUCCUCACUUCUGCAAUUACCAGGCGCCGCUGAGGCCACACUGUGCCUAGGACCUGCACUGAGGUGCUCCGGCUGGGCAGCUGCGGCCUCUGGCCCCACCACAGGCACAGCCAGGACCAGAUGAGCAGCUUCCCCUACUGGUCCUGAGAGAUGGAGACACUGAAUUCCUCCCGUGUGGACUCAGAGUUCCGGUACACCCUCUUUCCGAUUGUUUACAGCAUCAUCUUCAUGCUGGGCGUUGUUGCCAAUGGCUAUGUUCUGUGGGUUUUUGCCAACCUGUAUCCUUCCAAGAAACUCAACGAGAUCAAGAUUUUUAUGGUGAACCUCACCGUGGCAGAUCUGCUCUUCCUGAUCACACUGCCGCUGUGGAUCAUCUACUACUACAACCAGGGCAACUGGGUCCUGCCCAAAUUCCUGUGCAAUGUGGCUGGCUGUCUCUUCUUCAUCAACACCUAUUGCUCUGUGGCUUUCCUGGGCGUCAUCACGUACAACCGCUUCCAGGCGGUGACGCAGCCCAUCCAGACUGCUCAGGCCAGCACCCGCAAGCGAGGUAUCUCCUUGUCCCUCAUCAUCUGGGUGGUCAUUCUGGCCAUCGCAUCCUAUUUCCUCAUCAUGGACUCCACCAAUGUGGUGACUAACAGGGACGGCUCCAGCAACGUCACCCGCUGCUUUGAGCACUACGAGAAGGGUAGCAUACCGGUCCUCGUCAUCCACAUCUUCAUUGUGUUCUGCUUCUUCGUCGUCUUCCUCAUCAUCCUUGUGUGCAACCUGAUCAUCAUCCACACGCUGCUCACGCAGCAGGUGCAGCAGCCCCGCAAAGCAGAAGUCAAGCGCCGGGCGCUGUGGAUGGUCUGCACGGUCUUGGGUGUCUUCAUCAUCUGCUUCGUGCCCCACCACAUGGUGCAGUUGCCCUGGACCCUGGCUGAGCUGGGAUUCCGAGGCAUGGAUUUCCACCAGGCUAUUAACGAUGCACACCAGGUCACCCUCUGCCUCCUCAGCACCAACUGUGUCCUGGACCCUAUCAUCUACUGCUUCCUCACCAAGAAGUUCCGCAAGCACCUCACCGAGAAGCUCUACAGCAUGCGAAGCAGCCGUAAGUGCUCUCGGGCCACCACUGACACUGCCACCGACAUCAGCCUGCCGCUCAACCACAUGCCUGCUGGCUGCCUUAAGAACUGAUGCCUACUGGUUAGAGGGCUCCAGGGGCUUCUCCACACAUAUGGUGGGCAGGCCGACCUGGGAGAAGGGAUGUCUGGGCACCUCCAUCUUGGGCACGUGUGUGGCCCAUUAGGUACGGAGGCUGUAGCACCCACAUGGGGAUGCUAAUCAGGACUGCAGUGCACCGCGUCAUCCACCUCUGAGCAUGUCCUAUGACAACUGUGGCUGAUGACUUCCUCCUGACCCAGGGGGAUCUGAUGGGGAGAAGUUCAGGGUCAGGUGUAGACUCUGGGGGCAGAUUUCAAGUUCGCCGCAAAGAUACAAUAAUCUAAAGCUCUGGACAGUGCUCCCAAGUGCUAAAGGCAGUGGGGUAAAGGGUUGGGAAAGGAACUGUUCCUGACUGUGUAGCAGUGUCACAGGACAAACUCCAAACUGGGGUGGUCCCACCCUUCCUCCAGCCAGGGGUACAAAGUCUUUGUGACACUGUCCAGGGGAAGUGGCUCCUUGGAGCCUUCUCCUGACUCAGUUAGCAAGCCUGUCCUGGAUGGUGACCUCAAGAAGACACAAUGCCAAGGAGUCAACAGCAAGGACACGGACCUGCUUCCUGAGCCACAUGUAUGGGUCAGCUCUGGACAGGUAGCAGAGGAAGCACCACCUCCUCCGUUUUUGUAUCUCAGAGUAGCAGGUGGCCAUAGGCCCCUCAAGGAAUAAUUGGAGGCUUCCGGCCAGGGCACUUUAGUAUCCAGAAACUUCCAUGAGAAUAAGUCCUUGAACUGGAUACUGCCUGAACCCUUGCCCACUUUGCUUUCUAGAAAGCCGCUUCCAUUGCCCCCCUGUGCCCAGCCUGAUUUUACAAGGUGGAAAGCUCAUACAGUCCCAAGUACUGGCAGCUGUUAGCUUCUCUGAAGAAUCUCUGGAUGUUUACUUAGGAUUUGUGCAAAUAUACUCAAAUAGCCUCCUCUCCCACCCUGGGACCACUCCCACCAUGGGACCAUUCCUUCUCUGGGACUACUCCCAGCCUAGGACUAUUCUUACUCUGGGUACAUACCUACCCUCGGACCACUCCAAGCUGAGAUCUUGCCCACCCUGUGUCCACACUCACCAUGAGACUUAUAGCUGAGACUUGUAGCUGAGACUUAGGGGCUGGGUGAAGCGGCCCUGGUUCCCAGAGCCCUGUUCUCUUUCCAAACAGCCAGAGUCCCUGUGUUUCCUGGCCCUGUUGAUGACUGCCCCUAAGCUGGCCAGCAGCUUCCUAGGAUCUUGGAUGGUGUCUGUGAGCUGGACUCAGCUGAGGGUUACCAGGUAACUGAUGUGCCACACAGACCCAAGUUCAAGUCUUACCUGUGUUGUUUCCUGCUGAAGGACAGGGGAGCUGAAUAUCCUACAUUCCAGGGCAGCUACAGGGGAGGAAAAGCCCGUAUAAGCAGUGUGUACUGAGAUGGAUACCUCCUGGACCAGGGCCUGCAUAGCCCAGGAGCUCCCCCUUUCCAGAAUAUUCAGUUCUCUCUGUCCCCACUCCAGGCUCAGGGAUGCUGUUACAGGCUCUACUGACCACGGACCUGAAGAUGCAGAAACUCUGGGCUGAGGAGGUGUGUGUUGUGUAUGUGUGUGUGUGUGUGUGUGGUGUGUGGUGGGGGAAGUAUCUACAGGAACAGGGCGUGGCUGUACAAGAGGAGCCGUACGUACCCCAUGAGGUGGAGACCAGCGGAGCUAAGGCAAUGGGAGAGAAGCAGGUUGGACAUCUCCAGGCCUCUCAUCUGCAGGUCCAGCUCUGCUCAGCUCUGCUCCUCACGCUGGGUCCUGCAGGUUCCCCCAGCUGGGAUGCCUGGUGGCAUUUGCUGUAGCUGCUUUGAGUAGGCGACUGUGACUUGCAGCCAGAAGCUGCAGAUGGCAUCACCCUUUUACCCCAACUCAUGAUGGUUCCUGAAUUCCAGUCUUUCUUAUGUCCCUUGGCAUUUUCUUCUUUUUUUUCUUCCCUACUCCUUUCUUUUUGUUAUCUACCUACUCCCUGGAUUUUUUUACUUAGUAUUUUUCUUUAAAUGGAGUCACUUUUUAAAGCUUACUACUGGUCGGAUAGGAUGAUGUUAAUGUGAAUGUCAGCUAACGGCACCUGUCAGCAGAAGGUAAAGUGAGCCACAGAACCAGAUGAGCAGAAUGGUCACCUCAAGGCUGCCUGGCUUGCCUCAGUAACUUGUGUGCUUGGGAAACUUCCUGUGUGUGUGUGGAGUGUCUGGGGCCUGCCUGCAGGAAGUGCUCAAUAAAGACAAGCUGAGUGUUCUGAAAUGGUAA